CCGGGGGCGCACCAUCACCACUGUGCCACUCACUUGUGCUUGUGCAAUGGAAAUCAUGGUACCGCGCCGUCUUCCGGCGUCGCCACGUGCUCCCUGGAAAAGGAAGAAGCAACGUCCAUCGUCGCCGAAGCUCAGCCGUCCACCUAUCACAACGACCGUCGCAAGCUUCUAUAUAUACCCCGCCCCCGCCGCACCGCAGCACGAUCACCUGAAAAUCUUCGUCGCCAAACCACCACAAUCUGUCACUCUCCAUCGUUCCUCGCUUCCUUCUCCCUUCCAUCUUCGUUCUGUUCUCAUCGAUCACUCCAAGAAUUCUUGAUUGGUGGCUGGCUGGUGAUCGACCAUGAGGAAUCACAAGAAGCUGCUGCAGUUCCUCCGGCCGGACCCGGCGGUGGCCGCGGCCAAGAUGUCAUCAGACGAGGAAGACGACGACAGGUGUUCCCCGCUGCCGUCGCCGAUGUCCAGCGGGAGCGCGAGCACGUCGGCCGCGGCGUCCCCGUCGCCGUACAUGCCCUCGCCGUGGGUGAACCUCCCGGGCCUCGGCGCCGGGUCCGCGCUGGCUGGAACGAGCCACACAGGCCUCCUCGGGUCGCUGGUGAAGACGGACGGGCACGUGUACUCACUCGCCGCGGCGGGGGACCUGCUCUACACCGGCACCGACUCCAAGAACGUGCGGGUGUGGAAGGACCAGCGCGAGUUCGCCGGGUUCAAGUGCGGGAGCGGCCUCGUCAAGGCCAUCUUGGUCGCCGGGGACGGCCGGAUCUACACCGGCCACCAGGACGGGAAGGUGCGCGUGUGGCGCCGGGACUCCGCCGACGACCCCGCCGUGCACAAGCGCGUCGGCUCGCUCCCGCGGCUCGGGGAGUUUCUCCGGAGCUCCGUCCGCCCCUCGCACUACGUUCACACUGGCCGGCGGAAGCAGAGCUCGCUCUGGCUGCGCCACUUCGACGCCGUGUCGUGCCUCAGCUUAGAUAUGGAGGCGGGGAUAAUAUAUUCCGGGUCCUGGGACAGGACCUUCAAGGUAUGGCGCGUGGCCGACUCGCGGUGCCUCGAGUCAGUGCGCGCACACGACGACGCGGUGAACACGGUGGCGGCGGCCGGGUUCGACGCGCUGGCGUUCACGGGGUCCGCCGACGGCACGGUGAAGGUGUGGCGACGGGAGGCGGGCAAGGGCGGCGCGACCAGGCACGUCAUGGAGCGGGUGCUGCGGAAGGCCGACAGCGCGGUCACCGCCGUCGCCGUGGCAGCCGAGGCGCGCGUGGUAUACGUGGCGUCGUCAGACGGCGCCGUGACGCACUGGCAAUGGCGGCGGGGCGCCGCACGGGAGAGCGCGCCGAGGAACGGCGGCGCGCUGCGCGGGCACAGGAUGGCCGUGCUGUCCCUGGCCGUGGCCGGGCGCGUGGUGGUGAGCGGGUCCGCCGACCGGACCAUCUGCGUGUGGCGCCGCGACGAGGGCGCCGAACACUCCCGCCUCGCCGUGCUCACCGACCACACGGGCCCGGUGAAGUGCGUGGCCAUGGACGAGGAGGAGUCGCUCGACGCGGACGGGCACCGGCGGUGGGUGGUGUACAGCGGCAGCCUCGACGGGUCCGUCAAGGUGUGGCGCGUGUCCGACGCGCCGGACGCGGUGGCGACGAUGGGGCGGACGCCGGCGCACGUGUGGAAGGGCACGCCGUCGCCGCUGGGCGCCUGGAACACGCCGCGCCGGGCGCCGGAGUAGAGCUGAUCAUCGAAGCGCGUGAAGCAAGUCCCGUUCAAUCGGCGCAUGUAGAGCACGCACGUGUAAACCGUGCGAGAGCGUGGUAGAAUUAGGCUGUAGAUACGCGUAUGAGCAAUGUAGAAUCAUACUGCCCCGUAUGUAUGUAUGUAUUGUACAUACGGUGCUGCGUAUGUUUGAUUUGUUGAUUUGAUUUAUUUUGGGGGCCGCCGAAAUGGACGUAUGGUGGGAGGUUGAUGGGAGAGUUUGUGGUGGUGAUUUGGUCGGUUGUCCGAGCGGAUCAGUGGGGCCGGCAGGUUGGCGAGAGAUCAUCGAUUUGUGCACUCUCGUCUCAAGCAAGGAACAGUUCUUUCUUCUUGGGGCUUAAUUUGAAACUUUGGAGAUGUGAACGACGUUGUACUCCGUGUUGUUUUGUAAGACAAGUUAUUCAAAAA